AUGCUACAACACGCUCAGAUGUCCCAUGCCUUCCAGUCGACGGCUACUGGUGGCCGGACAUAUCAAAUCUCGAAACUGCCAGAGCUGGACUACGCCAUCAACGUGACCAUAUUUAGCGAUAUUCUGGAAUUAGAUGACGAGGACGAACAAUACUUCACUCGCUCGUUAGUAUGCGACUUCUUUGCUCUCGCCCAACGGACUUUUACAGAGAUGGAUGCGUGCCUAGAGAGUCAAGACGUCAAACAAUUGUGGAGUAAAGCCCGGUACCUCAGAGGUCCCAGUGCGACAUUGGGCAUCUACAAGGUCGAAUUGAGUUGUGCUCGGAUUGAGCAAAUGACAGCAGUCGCCGACACAUUCCAAGCCGAGGGCGACUCGAGGACGACGCUAUGCAAUUCGUCAACGAUCUUAUUAGAUCAGGCCAAGCAACACUUCGCCGAGGCAGAGAACGCCUUGCGGCGCUUCUAUGGAAUGGAUUGA